GUUUAUAGGAUACGAGGCGAGCAGAAGGAGGAGAUUAUGCUCACUUUCGUAUUGUGUAGCCAUUUUGGGCGGCUGUCCGACUGCUAAGACGUGUCGAGGGCGACACGGGGGGUUGGAAUCAGAGGUAAAGCUCUUUCGAGGAUCGAAUUUGAGGUUGAGAUGUGGUGUAAUUUUUUUCUCUUUUCCUUUUCUAAGACUUUCUUGGGGAGACCAGGACGAGGCUGCGACGAUGAUGUGGCUAGGCAGUCAUUGGUUGUCGCAAGUUCGGACUGAGGAGGUGAGGGGAGGGGCUAGCAGAAAGGAGGGGGAGCUCCCAGCGCAGGUGCGCCGCAAAACAGAAAGCAGAUGCAGGGAUCGGCACCCCACGCUGGUGUGGCUGUCCGCCGCAUCUUGCACCUUACACCUUCUUCUACCAGUGGCUGACCUGGGCAACCCAUGCCCAAGGGGAAGGUUUCCCGCACUGCGGACUAUGUAUGCCAGUGGCCUACUGUUGCGAUCGCGACAAUGAUUCUUGUUCCUGCGGAAUCUCUCCUGCAAGUUGAUGGGUUCCUUGGCGUCGGAUUUCGGAGUAUUCGGAUGACCCGACAACUGGUAAAACUCCGCCAUGGGUUCCGCAGAGGCGGAAGCUUGGACACAGGCAGAGCGUAUCGUAUGUAUGCACAUCAUCUUGUCACCAGAAUGAAGCACGAGUGGAUCAAGUUGGUCAUGUUUAGCCCGAGCUGGGAGCCGACAUUAUAUAUCGUUAUGCGAACUGGCAUGGCCAUGGCUCGAAGACGUAGAAAGUACCAUUAUGUAGGUACUAGAGAGUUCGCACUUCCAAACCUAGCUUGUAAUGCUUUAACCAGCCGGAACGAAGAAUCCUCGGCUAUUGGGUGCGCCAAAGUAUCAACUGUUGCGGCAACGGAAGCAGGAUCCCGGCGAUCAGGUAGCGAGUCCCCCAGAAUCCGCAUGAGUAAUGUGGGUGCUGCCAGACCUAGGAAAUCGCCAUGGUGCCUUGGCAACAUUCACCUUGCGAUGGAUGUUCGUCGUUCUGCAACGCAUGUCGUUGAUCGCGCCAUUGUACCUCAGUGUUCCGAGAGGUGUUCCGAUACCAUGACAAGGCCAACGGUGCUGGUCAUGAUUGGACGUGCGCAGAAUCCUCUGUUCAUGCAAGGUUGUAUGGCCGGACUGGUCGGUUUCGGUGUAAGUGCGUCCUGGCAAGACGGUGAGGCAGAGUCACCGAGGCAGAUGAGGCUGGCGAACCUAGAUGCGAACGGAGUGCAAUGUGGAUAAAGAGGCUCCCGCAACGAUUAUACGCAGACUGUCCAGUUGCCAAAAGAGAAUUACAGGUGUGGAGCAGGCUCGAGCAUGACUGGGUAGGCAAC